AUGCUCGUGUUGACCCCAGUAUCUGCUCUCCACUCUGGCUUUUACACCUAUCCUUCCGUGAGGACUACUCAUGGCGAGCCUAAUUUCCUCGACGAGCUCGUCGGUCAGGCCGCCCUUGACUACGCGGUUGCCCAUGCGCGUUCUGAAGCUCUGCGCAGACAGCAGCAACAGGAGCUGCGUCGCCGUCAGAUCGAGGGACAGCGUCGUCGAUACCUUGAGGAACAAUACCGCAGGCUAGAAGAGCAACGUCGCCAAGCAGCCGUGGAAGCCUUCCUCCUACAGCUCAACGGUUUCCCUGCUCGCCGCGCAUCUAGACAUGAGGUAUCCUCAGCGGAACAAUACUGGGCCCUACAGGAACUACAGGAACGGGAGCGUAGAGCAGCUCUCGAGCAAGCUACCGCUGAGCGAGCGCGCCAUGCCAGAGACGAACAAUUCAUAUCCGCUCUUCUGACCUUGGGUGAUGCCGCCGGACCACGUUCAAACGCGCCCAUGGCGCAGAACAUAUCAUUUUCUCCAGCAUCGAGUCUUCCCUCGCGUACCACAGCCACACCUGUCUCGCUCGAACAACGCAUUAAGAAACAGCUUCGCACUGAGACAGACCCGGAUAAUUACGCCUCGCUGGAAAGCCUGCUGUCAUAUCUUACUGCGCAGAAGACAUCAUCAGCUCCCAUAGACGCCAAGGGCAAAGGCAAGGCAAGAGAGACGCCAACGCAUAUCCCAGUGUCAGCUACGCCGUCUACUUCAUAUGUUGCUACGUCGUCUUCAACGUCGUCAUUACCUCCGAGCACCACACCCGCCCGCGGGUCGACGUUGAAGGAUCUGCUGCAACGACGCCUAGAGAAGGAGGGGGACGCUGAGGUCCAGGAGUCGCUUCAAGGUCUCUUCUCGAAGCUAUAUGGUGCUCCGACUAAGCCGCCAGCACAGAGAUUCCCUCCGGCUGCUACGCCUAUGGCCGACGUUAAAGGCAAAGGGAAGGCGAAGGCUAUCAAUGAGCAACAGACUACGAGCGCAGCUGCGGCCACUUCUGUGCCUGUCAACGUCGCGGACGCUAAGUCUGAGUCGUCGGAGCCGGCUCCGCGUGUCAAACUCGAACGCAAGCCUGUCAUCUCCCCCGCCGUCGCCGCCAAGAUCGCCGCCCUCCUCCGCUC